GUCUUUCUAUAAGAAUUUUAACCCUCAUCACAUUGAAAUCUGACAUACAUGCUUUUUAUCUGCAACAAAAGAAGUCCACUUUCUCCUCCAUAAACUCAAAAAGCCUGUCAAACUGAACCCCACACCUCAAAUUUUUCCCAUAUUCCCACUUCCAUUUAUUUAUUAUAGGAUCUUCUGGACUAUGUACUAUAGCCAUCAAUUUCCAUGCACCAAACCAACCACUUCUAAUUUUAGCCUGUUAAAUUCAAAAAAAAAAAAAAAAUUUAGCCUGUUAAAUUGAUUGAUUCCUAGAUUUUCACUUUAAGCUGAAAUAUAAACUUAGUAAGAUGAGUUUUCAAUGACCUCAUGUUGAUCUCAUUCUUUCUUGAUUGGUGACUACUUUAAUUUUUAGCUUGUUGCUAUAUCUGACACAAAAGAUAAGAGUAGUGCUCACUGCUCUGAAUCCUACACUUACAAAGCUUCAAAAAGAUAGAGAAUGAAUGAUAAGCUCCUUGACCACUCUAUGGGGAAGUACAUUCAGUUUCUCAUCAGAUGUUGUAGUUUUAAUUUGGUGCAUUAAAUCUUCACUAGUGAAGGAGAUUGAGUUCAACAGAAGAAGGAAGAAUGGGAUUUCAGCAAAAGCUCAUUGCUUUCCUCUUUCAAGCAAGUCUUGUUUUCAUCUUGUUUCCCCUUGUUAUUAGUUCUUCAUCCCAUGAGCAACAAGAAAUUGAAGGUAUUCAUUCAAGAAACAAAGACAACCAGAUCAAGAUGAAUCCAAGACUUGAGUUCCAAAUUACAUUACAUGGAUUUCUCUUAUGGGCUUCAAUGGGGUUCUUGAUGCCUCUGGGUAUACUUGCAAUUAGGCUCUCAAACAAAGAGGAAAAUCCAAGAAGGCUUAGAAUUGUGUUUUAUGUUCAUGCAAUUUUGCAGAUGCUUGCUGUACUUCUUGCCACAGCAGGAGCAAUCAUGUCCAUUAAGAAUUUCAACAACCUCUUCAACAAUAAUCACCAAAGAUUAGGGGUCGCACUGUAUGGUGUUAUCUGGCUACAAGUCCUAGUUGGUAUUUUUCGACCACAAAGGGGAUCCAAAAGAAGAAGAGUGUGGUUCUUUGCACACUGGAUAACUGGAACAGCGGUCUCAUUCUUGGGUGUUCUGAAUGUAUAUAUCGGCUUAAGAGCCUACCAAGAAAAAACAUCAAAAGGCAUAAGGAUUUGGAAUAUACUUUUCACCAUUCAGAUAUCUUUGGUUGUGUUUUUCUACCUUUUUCAAGAAAAAUGGGCCUACAUACAGAAACAAGGAGUGAUUUUGGGCAAUGAAAUGAUGACUACCCCUUGUCAAGAAAGUGGUCAAGAUGACAAGGAGAUGGUAGUGAAGGUUGACAAAUGUUGAGGAGGAUGAAUGUGUUUUAAAUAUACUAGUUGAAUCCAACAUGAAUCUACUUUCAUUUUAAUUCAUAAGAAGAGUUCGGUUCACGUUUUGUCUUGAAAUGAGUGCUAAUGUUUGUUUGCACUGGUGUCAACUGAUAUACAAUCAUAGCCUAAACCAUUGUCUUACCCUGAUUGACCUUGAUUUCUUCAUAGGAUACAUGUCUUUGAACAUAUAGAGUAUUGAUGGAUUUGAAUUUCAUGCAGUGAUAUAAGAUUUUUUUUUUGUCAGAAAAGGUACAGCCAUUCAAAGAUUGUAAGCUAAGAACUUGAUAAAAUAAAUGUUUUGUUUGGUA